UGGAAGUUGCAUUCGAACAGGUCUUGUAUGCUCCAAAGAAUGUCGAAUAAGAAGCUGCUCGCUCCUCUCUCCGCCAUUCUCCGGCGAACCCUAACUCCGACGACCACUCUUUUCACCUUCAAUUCCUCAAGAAAUUUCCAAUCCCCCGCUUUUUUCUCACCCAAAGUAGAAACGGACCGCCGCCUUUUCGCCUUGGGCAGAUUUGAUUUUCCCGGGGAUCACAGAAUUCCCGGGAAAUGUUUCGUCAGCUCCCAAUCGGCGGAGGAAGCCGACGCUAAGUGCUGGAACUGCAGUGCCUCCGGGGCCGAUACGGUGCCGUUUCUAUUGUGCUCGUCUUGUCGGUGCAUUCAGCCCGUGGAUCAGUCGUUGGAUUACUUUCAGAUAUUUGGACUAUAUUGGGGUAGGGGAAUAAUCAAAUUCGGGACCUCGGGUGCAUGCACGAAUGCUGUUAACCAACUGAGCUACAAGCCCCGGGAGAGAAAGUAUGAUAGCAAAGUGGAUGAUCUGGAGGGGAAGUAUAAAGCCUGGCAGAAAAAACUGCACCCUGAUCUUGUUCAUACGAAAUCAGAGAAGGAAAGAGAGUAUGCUGCAGAACAGUCUGCUCGGGUGAUUGAUGCAUACCGCACGCUUAGCCAGCCCUUGGCAAGGGCAAUCUACAUGCUGAAGCUUGAAGGUGUGGAUGUUGAUGAAGAAGAGACACUUUCAGAAUCAGACUUGCUAACUGAGAUUUUGGAAAUCAGGGAAGCUGUUGAAGAGGCUGCUGACUCUCAGGCUUUGGAUGAGAUUCAAUCUCAGAUGAAAGAGAAACUAAAGCAUUGGUCCGAUGCUUUUGCAAACGCAUUUCAUAGCCGCAACUUUGGAGAAGCUCUAAAAGCUAUCCGGAGAAUGACUUACUAUGAGCGUGUAAAUGAAAGUGUUGUAAAGAAGCAGUAAUAAAGCUUUCAGGCUCUUAGGAUCUCAAACAGUGGUUCUUGAGCAAACAAAGUUUAACUGCAUGAUUUGACAAGAAGAUUUCGUGACAAAGUCCAGGUUUUACUUGAAGAGAUUUUUCCGGCUUACUUUCGAUAUAAAUUAAAUGUUGGAAAUACGAAGAUUGGGCUGAGAUUUGUUGGAGCUGCGAAUAUUUUUCCAUCGUUCGAUUCUGUAAUCUUCUGAAGAUGGUUCAGAGGUUGCUCUUCAUAAUAUGAUGUUGAAUAAAUUGUCGUUUGUAUUAAAUUUAUGGCAGUAAUAAUCACUCAUGCUUUUUACUGUUGUAAAUUUCUAAACCGCGUCUGUCGAAUUUACUUGAGUUCAGUGGCAGUAAUUACUUUGUAAGCAUGCUGAGUUCAUCGCAUAUGGUAUGUUCCUAGUCCAAA